GAAAACUAAUGCAAAUGAAGGAAGUAGGAAGGGUCGUGAGAAUAUUAAUGCACCGAUGUGUCGACGUAUCGGCAUAUUAGUAUAUCGGCUUAUCGGUGAAUCGCGUAAACCCAGUUGUCGCAAACCAGGCAAGUUACAUACGUCGACAGACCGAACGCAAGAACGACGGAAUGAUGCUGACAUGCGGGGAAAAGAUAUCUCUAGUCGUAUUGGCGGUGAUCGGUCUGCGGAUUCUAUUAAAAGUCGGUAUAGUCCUGUGGAGAAAACUGAUCGCGCCUAGUUUCGGUUUCGGAAUCGACGUGAGAACGCAAGGUAGAUGGGCAGUGGUUACCGGUGCUACCAGUGGAAUCGGGAAAGCGUUCGCGGAGCAACUCGCCAGAAAAGGUCUGGACGUCGUAUUGGUAUCCCGAUCCUUGGAAAAGCUCGAAGAGGUCGCGGCUGAGAUCAAACAGUACGGCGUGCAGGUUCGUGUCGUGGAGGCAGACUUGUGCCAAGGUCAAGCAGUGUUCGCAAAGAUCGCCAAAGCGACCGAGGAUCUCGAGAUCGGCGUGGUCGUGAACAACGCCGGAGCCAGUUACGAGCAUCCAGAGUUAUUUACCGAACUCGAGGAGAAAUGUUUGGCAGAGAUUUUGCAGCUGAACGUGGCAGCUGUGACGGGGAUCGCACGAGUCUUUCUUCCGAGAAUGUUUGAGCGUAGAAAAGGAGUUCUCAUCAAUCUAAGUUCGGCGUUGGGGGUGAUGCCUAGUCCUUACUUGUCCGUUUAUGCCGCGAGUAAAGCUUACGUAGUGAAGCUUAGCUCCGACUUGGCCGCGGAAGCGAAAAGAAACGGAGUCACUGUUCAAUGUUUGAUACCAUGCGUCGUAGCCACCAAGAUGUCAAAGAUCAAGAAAUCGACGUGGAUGGCUCCCUCCCCUGACACGUACGUCGAAUCGUCGUUAAAGACGCUCGGCAUCGAGCCCUGUACAGCUGGCUAUUCUCCACAUUUCUUGGUCAUCGCUUUCAUACACGGAUUGUGCUGCGUAUGCGAGAAAGGUGCUGUUUGGUUGAUCUCGAAAACGAUGAACAACAUAAGGUCGCGCGCUUUAAAGAAAAAGGCCAAGUUAAUGAAAGAGAACACAAAGGAUUCCGUUGCUACCGAAUAAUUCUCAUCCCAUUCUUUUGUUUUCGUACUUUCAUAUUUUCAUAGUUUCAUAGUUUCAUAGUUUCAUAGUUUCAUAGUUUCAUAGUUUCGUUUCUUGUGUCUGUUCUGGUAAGCAAAUUCGUAACUCGUCUACUUACGUUUUAGCCGAGUUCUACAUUUCGGUAUACCCGCCGCGUUACUUUCGAAAGAGAAAGCAAGUGAAAAAGGUUCCUUCUUCCGAAAUAACAUUACGUCCUACAUCCGUAUACACUCGACUAAAUGCUCGAGUACUCUGAAUUGUUGUUACAUGUGUAUAGUUUGUAAAUGUUUCUCUACAUACGUGAUAUGUUACACCUUGUACCGAUAAGUGUUAUUAAAAACAAUUAAAGAAA